CCAUUCAAAUCUUAUGUAAAUACUUCUUUGUCAAAAAAGAUCAGCAAUAUGGAUUUGAUUUGAGAAUUAAAAGUUUAUUUCCCAAAAAAUGGAAUCAUGCUCCGCAGGAAUAGCAAAUUUUUUCACAAUGUGAUUCCAAUGAAUGUAUUUUUAAAUUCCAAGAGACAAAAAACAACAUUGUAUGAUGUUUUAAAUUUGAAAAAAGAAUGCUCGUCUAAAGAAAUAAAAGAUUCUUUUAUAAAACUCUCAAAAUUAUAUCACCCAGAUAAAACCAAAAAUUCGAAAAGUGGUCACCAAAACUUCUUGAAAAUUAAUGAAGCAUACAGUAUUUUGAGCAGACCAGAUUCAAGAAGAAAUUAUGAUUUGAAAUUGGAGAACCCUGAACCUAUUGAACGAAAAAACCAUUAUCAAACUUAUGAUACAUCCAUGUAUGAAAAUCCUAUUUUUCACCGUUAUAAAUCUAAACAUGGUGCUUCUGAAGAAAAAGAAUACUAUGGCGUAAAAGGAAUCAAAAAGCAACCUCAUUAUGUUAUAGUUUUAAUCUGUAUUGGUAUUGCUUUAAUUGGUUUUACAGUUGAGAUGGUUCUUGUAAGGACGUCAUUUAUUUUUAGAAGGGAUAAAAUGAAAAGGGACAGUGAAGCAAAUGAAUUAUUAUUAGAAAAAAUAAGAAGUACUUCAGAACUCAAUGGUAGACAACUCCAAAUAGAAAUUUUGAAGAAAAAGUUUGAGGAAGAAGCAGCAAGGAGGAGAUGACAAAUUAUAAUUUAUUAAAUGAAUUGAAAAGCA